CGUCUUUCUGUAACUCUUAUUUCGGGCCAAGCCCCCUUCAUACAACGAACCUGCCCCCUCAACAAAACAGUCACAGAGAUCAAGUCAUGUCAUCGACGAUUCUUGUAGCCGGUGCGACGGGUAAUACCGGACAGGGCGUUGUCACGACCUUGUCCAAGCUCCUCGAAUCGAGCAAUUCCUUCUCGAAGCACAAGAUCAUAGCCCUUACCCGGUCUUCUCGCAGCACAGCGGCACAGAAACUCGCGGCCCUACCCAGGGUCGACAUUAUCGAGUACCCUUGGGCUGAGAUCACCGCAGACUGGUUCCGCCAUCACAACGUUGUCCGCGCCUUCAUCGCGUCCCACAUAGAGACCAGCCACUUCGCAGAAGAGUCAACGUUCCUCCUAGAGGCGCUCAAAGCAGGUCUGGAGUAUGUUGUGCGAAUCUCUACGACAGCUACCAACGUGCGCCCUGACUGCAACGCCUACUACGCAAGGGCCCAUUGGGCAAUUGAGGCUAUGCUUAGCUCGCCCGCGUUCACGGGCUUACGGUGGACGUCGCUGCAGCCGAAUGUUUUCUCGCCAGUCUUUCUUCAGCCUGCUGUCGCCUUGGUCGACGAGUUCCGCAGGACUGGCAAAGUAGGCGCCUUGCGCUUGACCGCCUCCGAGGACGCACCCGUCGCUCUCAUUGAUCCAAUCGAGAUCGGAAUAUUCGCAGCCCACCUGCUGGUGGAAGAAGACGUGAUUCGGCACGACAAAGCAAAAUACGUUCUGAAUGGUCCGGAAGAUAUCAGUGGGCGGCAGAUCGUGGAUUUGGUCGAGCAAGAGAUUGGCGUCAAGAUUGAGAACGUUGUGUUCAAGGACGUGUCCUGGGUUGAUUAUGUGGUGGCACAGAGCUCGGCGCCCAAGUCCAUUGUCAGCUCUCUCAAGUUCGCUCCAGUCACAACUUGGGAGGGAAAGUGCACCGCCUCCACAACAAGUCAGGAAGUAUUGCGUCUGGCCGCGCCGAAGGUUACGCCCACGGACUACUUCAAAACCAUGCUGCAGAAGUAGUAAAGCAAUAUAGGCACCCUGCCAUACCAAAAGAAUACAGCUACACUCUCUAGGUAUACUUGGGCUCAGUCAAGGACAAAGCAGUAAUCCAGGUUCGCUGCAAGGAACCACUUUCAGAAGAGUUACAGCGUAGUGAUCCGGCAAAGUCGAGGCCACUGAUGCUGCUGCCGUCCUCGCAGUACAUAGUCUUCAAACUCCAGCCAAUGAAUUUGAAACGCCACCGAAGGCUUGCAAAACAGGUGCCGUGGCAAUUCAAUUCAGGACCAGCCACCGCCCAACUGUCCGUCUUCCCGUCGCUAGCAAUGCAACAACUG